AUGGCGACGCGGGACUUGACGCGUCAGUUUAUGCAGCGACGUGCGGAUGCCAAAGCCAAGGUAUUGCGACGUAAGAACAUUGUGAGCCAUCGGGAGGAAGAGAAGGAGCUUUGUAAGAGCACAGAGCAGGAUUCUACGAACGUUACCAUUGCACCUAAAUGGGUAAAUGUUGUAAACGGCACAAAUCAGCAUGUGGCACGCAUCAAGAGAAUGAUGGAAAAGCUAAAUCAGCUGCAUACAAGUCGUCUGAUGGUGCGUUUUGAUGGCUCCGAGUCCAAGUACGAGCAGGAGAUUGACCACGUGACGCUAGAAAUCACGGACGAGUUUCGCAGCGCUGAAAAGGGGUUGCGAAGGAUGGCCCAGAGUGACCGGAACGAGGAGUUUUCGGCUACUGACGCUAAAACUAGACAAAAUGUGCAGAGAGCUUUAGCAACGCAACUACAAACACUAUCGAGUGACUUUCGGAAGUCGCAGAAGAUGUAUCUUGCACGCGUAAAAAACCAGAAAGAAGGUCCAGUAGAGUUUGAUUUUCUUACAGAAAAUGACGCCAAGCACAAACGACAUGGUAGAGCUGAUACGGGAUUCACACAGGCACAGGUCACAGAGGUAGAAAUUGCCGAGGACGUUAUUAACGAACGCGACCAAGAGAUUCAACGUAUUGCUACGUCCAUCACGGAGCUGGCUACGAUAUUUAAGGAAUUAGCCGUGCUCGUUAUUGACCAGGGCACGAUUCUCGACCGCAUUGACUAUAACAUGGAGCAAGUAGUGGAGCAGACUGAGAAGGGCAUUGAAGAGCUAGAGAAGGCUGAAGAAACGCAGAAGAAUAGUCGGCCUUUGAAAUGUAUUAGCUUACUCCUUGUUAUGAUCUUUAUCAUGACAGUGCUGCUAGUGCUCAAACACUCGUAG